AACAUUAAGUGGCAAACAUUGUCAUUGCUAAUAAAUAGUUUAUCUUCAAUACCUUCAAUUGAGAAAGAACUGAUUGUUUCAGCUCAUCAGAAAUGUCAGCGGCAAUUCUAUAUUUCACCUUUUUUGCAGUGGUCUUUAAUGUUGCCUUCUCCUUCUUGUACAGAGAAGAACCAGAAACUGCCUGGGAAUCUCUUGUAUUCGUUCUGCCAAACGAACAUCUGGCACGUGGAGGCAGAUGCAAAACGCACAGCCAGUUCUACUGUCUGGACAAGUACAUCACAGAGAACAGUUAUGAAAUGGUGGAGUUGAACGAAGUGAUCAGAGACGACAGAGCCGCACAGUUUACAGAGCUCAUCAACCACCAGUGGAGACGCAUAAACAUGGUCGACACCAUGAUAGACCCCAGCAACUGCUGCUACGACCAAACAACAACCUACAUUGUGUAUGGAUUACAAAAUAAACGGAUGGGCCCUCUGCAGUACAUGAGGAAACUAACGGAUUACUGGAAUGAAGAUAAGCCACUCAACUACAUUGCGGCCUACUAUUCGCCAAUUCAUUGCUCAAACAUUAUUUUUUCUCUCGGCUUUGGACCUGGAGACCUUAAACGAGACCCUCACGGUGACUUUUUAAGGGGAGCAGCCUACUCAAUUCCAGGAUUGCAUGCAGAUUCUAAAGCAGGCAUUCCCGGCAUACCCUCUGUCGCUUUCAAUUACCACAACCCUGGAGCUCAACUGACGUUCCAGUGGUUUAAACAUCACAUUAUGUGUCAGGACCACCCCUGGAUAUGUGGAGAAGAGCCUCCAGACAGAUACUCGAGUGACAGGUCAGCCUCAGACAUGAUAGUACAUGAUAAUGAGCAGUCGCCAGGGUCCAAACGUCUAAGAGAUCAAGGAGAUUCCAGUGGCACAGGGUCCGCUACUAAGCGCCGCCCAAGGUAGAGCUGAAUAAAAAACAGAAAUUCAUUGGGAAAUAUAGAAAAACUCUGAUCUUAGAAACCCAUAUCAACAAUGGAAUAAUUUCGAAAGCUUUGCAAAAACUGUUUAAAAAUUUCAAUGAUUUGAAGCAAUGUAAUUUGAAUGCUACGAAAGUUAGCUGCAACUCAAACUUUUUGAACUUUCGUGAAUUGAUUUUGAC